UGCGUGUGCAACAUUUAUUUGUGUCCUGACAGCUGUAGUGAAAGUCAUGGCACAUUCAGAUCUGAUAAAAACUCUACUGUACACUGUCAAUAAUCUGCUGCAGCAAGAGAAAUACAAAGCUGCAUUGGCAGUGUUGAAAGGAUUCAGAAACGGCGCCGUAUAUGGAGCCAAAAUCAGAGCACCGCAUGCCCUGGUGAUGACAUUUCUAUUCAGAAGUGGCAGUUUGAAGGAUAAGCUCAAAGCCAUUUUGAAGGCCACGUACACCCACUCCCGCAACCUGGCAUACUUUGUUUUCACAUACAAAGGACUGCAGGCCUUGCAGGAGAAGAUCCAGGGAAAGAGCUUGCAGUCUCACUCCUUUCUGGCUGCCUGUAUUGGAGGAUGGUUAGUGUUCGGAGAUAACAACAACAUCAAUAGCCAGAUCAACAUGUACUUGCUGUCCAGGAUCUUGUUCGCCUUGUCUCGCCUGGCUGUAGAGAAAGGAUUUAUCCCCCAGCCUAAAAAAGACCCUUUCCCACUUUUCGCCACCCUGGUGUGGGGCAUUGUCUUGUGGCUGUUUGAGUAUUACCCACACACCCUCCAGCCCUCACUGCAGUCUUCAAUGAACUACCUCUACCAUGACAGCAAUGUGUGGCAUGACAUCUCGGACUUCCUUGUUUAUAACAAGCCAAGGACUGCUGCUCAGAAAUGAAACUUUAGUUUUUUCUCCCCCCUAGUAUGGACCAGUGCUCUCCAACAGAGGUUUUCUCAAACCUUUUCAUGUCAAGGACCCCUAAACUAAUACAAAUUAGACCACAGACCCCCAUCUGAUAAGAUUUUUGCUUUUAGAUGUUUUAUCAUAGAAGGUGCAUGAAACCUUUGACCAAAAUAGUCAUACAUUCUGUCAUUGUGGUCCUUCUUGAUGGAAUUAAAGUGUAAGUAAAUGAUUCCCCUUUUUGCUGGGGACCCUCUGGACCCCCUCAAGGACCCCUGGGAGUCCCUGGACCCCACUUUGAGAACAGCUGUUCUACAAGAUAAUCAUUGCAUUAAUUAUUUUUAAUAAUUAUAAAUAUUCCGAAUAUUUUUAAAUGUUGCCUUCUUUAAAUUAUUGCCAGAAUGUAGUUUUUGAAUUUAGGUAGGGGAUCAAUAUUAUAUCUGAUGUUUUGUAGGAAGUUUUUGUUUUGUUCAUUUACACUGAUUUUCAUGUGCAAUCAACCAGUUUCCAGCAUUUCCAGCAUUUCCAGCAUACAGUAUUUGUAUACCAUUGUUAUCAGACAAAAUCAGCUUUUUAAAUAGCGAUAUCUGUAUCUAUCUAUUAUGUUUUCUUGGCUGAUUGUACAUUAAUUGAUUCAAAUUUCCAGGGAUAUUUCACUAAAUACAACUGCCACUGAAUAAAAGACAAAAAAAAAUGUUAAAUGCAAAACAGGCUGAAAUGCUUUUAUGUGCUGUGAAGCUGCAGUUACACAGAGACACACAAAAAAAGCUGUUUUUCUCUCCCAAAACGGAUUGAUAGUUUGAAGUGUGGCAAGUGUAGCACUACUGAGGAUCUUUCCCUACAAAGAAGUAUGCAGGUUAUAAUUACGACUAACUAAAACAUGGAAUAUUCUGUGUUGUAAUGUAGUGUUAUGGCUCCGUUUUGUUUGAUCUUUUUAAUGUAAUGCCAAUUCCCUCAUACUGCAGUUUUGUUAAUUUACUUUUAAACUGUUCAUGUUUAACAUCUGAAAGAAUGUUUGAGUGACACUCAUUCUGUCAUGUGCCAUCGUAAUUUGUACAAAGGGCUGAAUUAAAUCUUGCUUCAGUCAAACUUGUUUCCAGGCUUAAUUAGUCAUCACUUCCACAGUAAAACCUCUGUUUAAAAUCGAAUUGCAACAUAUUGGGAUGACGACAAAAGAUUUUGACAGCAAAGGCAUAUUGCGUCAGUGCAGUAUCAACCUUGAAUAGGGUGCAGAAAAUUGAGUUUUAAUUUACCUUUAAUAUUUGAGAUAUUUGCAAUUGUCAGUGGUGGAAAAUACAUUUAAAAGAGUCCUGUACUUGAGUAUUUCCAUUUUAUGUUUAAUGGCUUGUACUUUAAUGUAUUGUAGUUUUUACUGCUCCACUUUGAUUUGACAGCUACAGUAUAAUUAGUUUUUUGUUGUUAAUGAUACCUUCUCUUAUGAUAUUUGUGACCUUGUGAUUUUAAUUGUCCCACAUGAACUUAAA